CUCGCCCCGUAACGCGCGUGAGCGUUGCGCGCCUCCUCCUAGCUCAGCAGGAAGGUCUACACGGCUACCAGCAUCACCAUCUCAGGCUGUCGAUCGAGACCUCUUGGCGCUGCCACAGGCUGAGUGUGACGGGCGGCCGGGCGCAGCUGUUGCAGGUACCCUCAUGGACAGCCGCUGCUGAGGAGGCCAUGUCGCCCAACCGACCAGUCAAGGCGCGCCCCCAGUUUCGGCGCAGGUUCAGCCUCCAGCCGUCCUUCUUCAAGGACGAUGCCGAGGGAGAGGGCAAGCUGCACACGCCCAGCCGGUCUACGAGCCGCGUGGACGCCGAGCCGUCGGGGAGCAGCUCCCCGGCGACGGACGCGCGCCACCGCGUCGUCGUGAUGGGCGCCGCCAAGGUGGGCAAGACGUCCAUCAUCUCGCGCUUCCUGUACGGCACCUUCUCGGACAAGUACAAGCGUACGGUGGAGGAGAUGCACCACGGCGAGUUCAGCGUGGGCGGGCUGCGCCUCACGCUCGACAUCCUCGACACGUCCGGCGCGUACGAGUUCCCCGCCAUGCGCGCUCUCUCCAUCUCGUCGGCGGACGCCUUCAUCCUCGUCUACGACGUCACCGACGCCGGCACUUUCGAGGAGGUCCGGGCUCUUCGCGACCAGAUCCUCGAGACGAAGGGCGCCGCGCCCGCCCCCAUCGUCGUAGUCGGCAACAAGACUGACCUGGCGGAGGAGCAACGGGAGGUGGAGCUGGAGACGACAGAGUCUGUGGUGACGGUGGACUGGGAGAACGGCUUCGUGGAGGCGUCGGCCAAAGACGACGUGAACGUGACGGAGGUGUUCAAGGAGCUGCUGGCACAGGCCAAGGUGAAGUACAACCUGAGCCCGGCGCUGCGGCGGCGGCGCAAGCUGUCGCUGGCGCGCCACUCCAUCUCCGAGGGGCCUGGCGCCAGCGCCUCCUCGCACAUCCCGUCUCCCCAGCAGCUGCAGCACCUGCAGGAGCUGCGCGAGAAGCACGCCAAGAGGAACUCCUGCGUUCUCUCAUAGAAUCCGCAAUACGGGAGUAGAACACCGCAGCGUCUUCUGCCUGUCGGUGUGAGCCCCGCAUAAGACACUGCUGUCAUGGUUGUCCUCGUUAUGCGCCUACACGUGUAAAUAUUUUCAUCGGCGGAGAUGUGUGACAGCGACUUCUUGGUUACAUUAAGAAAUUACCCACACGUACGCAGAUGUCGGUGAAGGCAAAAAUGAAAUUCUACCCUUUUUUCUACUGUUGUAAGAUGAGAGAUACUAUACAGUCUGCGUUAUAGCAAAAGCUCCUUUCGUUGUAACAAGCCCCAACUACAAUAUUCCUUGCGGUUGUCCCACACUCUUUAGAAAGAGUCGACAAUAAAAGGUAAUACUGAAACAGCUGCAUCGCAGCAGACUCAUGUUUAACACAGAUGCUUUUCAUCGUGGAGAAUCAUGUCAUUCACAUGGCAUCUUCCUCGUAAGAACGUUUUUAUUUAUUCUUGAUAACGACUGAUAUAAAUUUGCUUUAUUCGUAUCGCUCAUAGACUGUGUCUGUUAGUGUUCAAGAGAUCGCUUGUUUUUCAGUGUUCUGUCCGCUCCUUAUUACCUCACCUGCACCGUAAUACUUGGAAUACUGCAACACAAAAAGCUUCUGCUCGAGUCCACAUAUCCUUAAUACUGGAGCUAAGGAAUGAUUUACCGAAUAGUACAGGAAGAAACGUUACCAAACUCGUACAUAUUUCCUUCUGAAUUUUAGAGAAUAAAAAAAAAUACCCGUCCUUCAAA